AUGCAGCCCGGCCCGGCGCACCACCACCAGCAGCACCCUCACCACCAGCAGCAGCACCCACAUCCGCAGCAGCAGCAUGCCCAGGCGGUAGCGGCGCCGCGACAGCGCACGUCGACGGGCGGCGGCGAGUUGCGCGCCGGUCCACUUCCUCCUCCUCCUCCUCCUCCUCAACCUCCUGUGCCACCCCCACAAGGUCCACCAGCCCCAGCCUCAGCAGCACCACCACCGCCACCGCCGCCCCAAGCCCCGCCAGCGCCGCGCACCUCGCCCCACGGCCAGCCGCCCUCGGCCGCCGUCGUCCAGCUGCACCGCCAGCAGCAGCAGCAGCAGCAGCAGCAGCAGCAGUAUCAGGCCCAGCUCCAGCUCCAGCUGUACCAGCAGCAGCAGCAGGCGGCGCUCCUUGCCCAGCUGCAGGCGCGACACGACCCAGCCGCCGCAGCGGCCGCGUGCGUGCAGGCGAGCGCGAGGGCGCCGGCGCCGGCGCAGCGGCAGGCGGGCGCACCCGGCCCGGUGCAAGGAGGAGGGGCGGGAGGACCGAGGAGGCCGCCCCAGGCGGCGGCGUCGGACCCGCGCAGCUUGACGAUGGGGGAGCUGCCGGCGCGGCGGGACCAGGCGAUCGAGUGGUUGCGUGGGGCGUCUGCGGCUGGUGGAUUCAGCAUCGAGGCCGCGCUGUGGAACGUGAUCCACCCGGCGCUCCAGGCGGCGUACCUCCCGACCGACGCCGAGUCGCUCACGCAGCUCGCGCCCGACAUGAUCCCGCUGUCGGGUUGCGCGCCGGGCCACUACCUCAAGGCGUUCGCCCUGUGGCAAGCCUGGGUCGUCCAGCACGAGCUCCCGACGUUCCCCAUCGUCGGCUCGUUCGUCGCCCUGUGCCUCGCCGACACGUCGCACGCACUCCUCAAGACGGCCGCAGACCGCCACCGCACGGCCGACAUCCUCGACCUGUACCGCCGCGUGUCGGCGCCCGCUUUCGCCAACUUUGCACCCCGGUACCCACGCGAGCGGUUCACGCUCGCGCGCCCGUGGACCGACGCCGAGUGGGCCAACUGGGCCGCGUACGUCGAGCAGUCGAGCUGGGCGCUCGGCGAGUGGCGCGCCAUCCAGGACUUGACGCGCCCCGCCGCCGCCAACGCCGCCAACGCCGCUGCGCCGAGCCCGGCCGUGUCGCCCCAGCUCGCCGCGCCGCCGGUGUCGCGAGCGCCGUCGUGGCAGGGCCAGGGCGCAGCCGCGUCAACGCAGCAGCAGCAGCACCACCACCACGCGCAGCAGCAGCAGCAGCAGCAGCGGCGGCGAGCGCCCGGCCACCCGCACGCCGCCGCCGCCGCCCCAGCCGUCGAGCAGCCGCACAGCGACACGAUGCGUCGCGCGUGGUCCAGCCCGCAGGCGCAGGCCCAGGCCCACGCGCACUGGCGCUCGCUGCUGCAGGCCUCGCCGCAUGCCCAGCUCGCGCCGCACCCGCACCCGCACCCGCGCCCGCAGCCGCAGCCGCAGCCGCCCGUGCUGUACCCGCCUCCCGCUCGCCCGGCACUCGCCGAGCGCCCGUCGUCGGCGUCGUCGUCGGCCUCGGCCUCGGCGUCGUCGUGCCCGCGACCGCACAGCGGCGGCGCAGGCGCCGGCAGGCUCGCCGCGCCGGGUCCGCUCCACGCGCAGACGAGCAGCGCGCCGCAGAGCGCGACGGUGCCGGUGAGCGGCGGCAGCGGCGGCGCGGCGCCGACGGCGCAGCGAGCGCUCGGACCGGGUGCAGCUCCGGCGCCUGUCGCCGCUGCCGCUCCCGCUCCUCCUCCUCCUCCGCCGAGCUCGACCACACCCGCGCCCGCACCCGCACCCAUCGCCGUCGCCGUCCCGCUCCCGCCGCCGCACUUUGCCGCUGCCGCGAGCCCCGCCGCCGCCGCCCCGCCGCCGAGCGGCACGAGCCCGAACCGGCGCACGGCGGCCUUGGCGACGGUCGACUCGUGGGUCGCGCAGCUGCAGGCCGCCGAGGCGCGCAACCCGGACCGGGUGGCGCUGAUCGCCCGGCUGACGGGCGCGGGCAGGGCGGAGCUGGACAAGGUCGAGGAGCGGAAGGGCAAGGGCGCGAGCACGAGCGCGGCGCGGCGGGCGAGGGGCAGGGGAAGGGCGGGCAAGGCUGACGGGGCGGGGCAGCAGGCGGGCGGGGAGAAGGAGGUUGAGCGGGCGAGGGGGCAGGAGACGGCGCAGGGGGACCCGAGCGUCGUCUCGCCGUCGGUCGCGGCGGUGCCGUCGACUGCUCCUCUGCCCCCGCCGCCAUCCGAGCCGCACGCCGACAGCCCUCGCGCAGGCGCGCAGGGUCCGCCCGUCCUGGAGCCGUCCGGCCUCAAGCUCGACCCGCAGCCCCCGACCCUGCCGCCGGCGCCCUCUCCCUCUUCAUUGCGACCUGCCCCGUCUUCCACCGCCACCUCGUCCCAGCCCGACGCCCCCAAGCUCCCCGCUCCUGCCCCGAGCACGUCCACCCCGUCCGCACCGCCGGCGCCGUACCCGCCGACGUCCGCCUCGACCUCGACCUCGAGCGCGCCGCACCCGACCCUGCCAGCUCCGCCCGCCCCGCCCGGCCGCACCGCACCGGCGCCGACCAAGGGCCUGCGCUGGGUCAGCAUGAGCGGGCAGCGGCCGGGACAAGGACCGCCAGGCCCACCGCCGCCGCUCGACUCGGUCCCGGCCCCGACGGCGACCGCGACGGCGCCUCUCGCCCCGUCGCAGGACGCCGUUCAUCCACCGCGGCAUGCUGUCGCUCCGCAACCAGAGCAGGUCGGCACACCGCCGCCGCCGCCGACCGCCGUCGGCCCGCCAGAGCAGGCCCUUGCUCUUCGGGCGGUACAGGGUCUUGCUCCGCCGCCGGUCGUGCACCCGACGCAGCACAUGGCCGCUCCCGAGAGCCAGGUGCCCGCCAUCAUGCGCUAUGCGCAGGAGCAGCAGGACAACGGCGUCGAGGUCGGCGACGAGGUCCAGUUCUGGGCGGCGGCGGCGCAUGCCGAGCGCUCGCUCGCCAAGUGCGCUCAAGCCGCAGCGGCGGCGGCUCUCGCUGCGCAGGCCAAGGCGGCGCGCGAGGCCGAGCUCGACGUGUCGCUCGGCGACACGGACGCGACGCUCGCGAGCAUCCGAGCGAGCCCGUGGACGAGCGGCGCGCCGACGGUCGUCUCGCCCGGGCUCAUCAUGUCUGUCGCCGGCGCGCCGUACGGCGACUACGUGCCCGGGCCGACCAAGUCGGCGCCGGCGCUGGGCACGCGCAACGCCCCGUCGUCGAUCUCGCGCGACCCGCUCAACGCGCUCAAGCCGCUCAUGUGGCCACCGGCGCCGUUCGUCCCGACGCUCGCGGCCUCGCCCCAGUCGUUCCCGGCCGACCUGUCGACGACGGUCCACCUCUCGGCGCCGCCGUUCACCGUGUACCCGGCCGCGCUCGACGAGCUCACGCCGCAGCUCGCCGCCAAGACGUGGAAGUACGCCACCGACCUGUCGCUGCACGUCGACCGCCUCGUGGCCACCACGGCGCCGCACCUGUCGGCGCUCGCCGCCCCGCUCCAACUCGCCGACGCCGACGCGCUCGAGCGCGCCCGCAAGCGCGUCCUCGCGACCAUGAUGCACGACUCGCUCGUCAAGAGCUUCAUGGCGCCGCUGCCGGACGUCGUCGAGCCGGCCGAGGCGAGGCGCAUGCGCAAGCGCGUCAAGAAGGCGCGGCACAGGGAGAAGAAGGCGCGCAGGGCGCGCGAGGCGGCCGAGGGCGCCAAGAAGGUGCCCGAGGUGCUCGAGCUCGCCGACUCGGACGACGAGGGUGCGACGGGCACGGGAACGGCGGGGCCGAUGGACGUCGACGGCGUUGGCGCGAGCGAGGUGGUCGGUCAGGGCGGCGAGGGUCCCCCGGUCACAGUCGAGGACAAGCAGAAGGUCGAACACGCCCCCGCCAAGUCGCCUUCCGCCAUCCCUCGCGUCUCUGCGCUCGCACCCGUCGCCGACACGAGCGCGCCGAGCGCGGCGACACCUUCUGCAUCGGUCGCCGCUCCCCCUACUGCACCAGCCGCACACUCGACCGACGACAGCACGCCCUCGACCACGGACGCUGCAUCCGCCGCCGCCCCGUCCACCGCCGCGCCUGCGUCGACGAGCGCAUCCCUCCCUCCUCGCCCGACCCUCCCCGGCGCGCUCUCAGCUCCAGUCGUGCCCGGCUCUCGCCAGCGCUCCGACUCGCAAGGCGCCAUGCGCCGUCGCCCGUCGGUGAGCGGGCCGGGCAUCCACCCGCUCGCGCAGCUGUACGCGACCGUCCCGCCGUCGAUGCGCCAGAUGUUCCGCGGCAAGGCCAACGAGCUGCGCGGCGCCGACCCGGUCGCGCUCGCCGUCGCGACGGCACGCCUGACGAGCCCGGCGCUCCGCAACGAGGCGGUCCUCGCCGGCUCGAGCGCGAGGGCCUCGCCGCGCGUCGGCGGCGGCGCCGGGACCGGCGGGCCGGCCCUCGCCGUCGCCUCGCCGCCACUCGUGCCCAUCACGCUUAAGCCUGUCGGUGCGGGACGCGAGGGCGGCGGCGCAGCUGGGCCGGCCAAGGCGGAAGGCGCGAGUCGCGCAGGUCCUCUCGAGGCGAGCGGGCAGCCGCAGGAGCCGGCGACCGCGCUCGGCAUGUCGAUCGAGACGCCGGCCAUGAGCACGGUCGCGCGCGAGACGGCGCCGGCGAGCAAUCUCGCCCCGGCGCAGGAGCGCGCGCCGUCGCCCGAGAAGCACGACUCGCCGCCGCCGGCUCCUGUCGAGGACUCGUCGCCCUACGUCCCUCUCGCCCAGCUUGCCGCCAAUGUCUCGGCAGCCCCUCCCGUCGAGUCGACGCCGACAACAGCGGCCGACGAGCAGCCGUCGCCCGCCACCAAGUCGGUCGCGUCGUCGGUCGCCUCGACCUUGUCGGCGGUCGCCCGCGCGGCAGUCGACGCGGUCGGCUCAGCCGCAAAGGCCCUGCUCCCGAUUGACAGCUCCACGUCGAGCCCGUCGGCCUCAGCCCCCGCGCCUGCGCCGGUCGCUGUCCCAGCCGCAGGACCCGGCGUCGAGGCGGUCGCGCCAACUGCGCCGGUCGCUCCCGCCGCCGCUCCGACCAUCGCGACCACCAAGAAGCCUCGCAGCAAGCCCAAGGCGUCGACCGCCUCGUCGUCGUCGUCGGUCGUCCCGGCCAAGCGCUCGGCAGCGCCCGCCGAGGACGAGCCCGAGCACAAGCGUCGCCCGCACCCGCACCCGCACCCGUUGCGCACCGUGCCGCGCGCCUGGCUCGCCACGAGCGUGCCGCUCAUGCCGUUCACCCACCCGAUCCGGCGGGGCCGGGUCCGAGCGGCGCCGUCGUCGGCCGGACCGUCUUAGUCGGACCCCUCUUUCUUUCUCUCUCUCUCUCUCCUUGAGUCGAUGUCGCAGUAUGCCGUACCUGUUGUGUGCUCCCCACGUAGCUCUUCGUCUCGCCUUGAUUUUGCAACUCUCGCAUGUCGCUCUCUCUUUCU